CACUGGGAAAAGGGAGGAUUCAGAGAUCCGCAGCUCAUGACCGCCUUCGGUGUGUGUAGCCUGAUUUUUGUGGCGUUACCGAUAGCCUUAAACACCUCCAGCAGCAUCACUCACUCUGCUGUGGACGGUCGCUUAGGAAGCAUCGAUUAUUCGGCGUCGUUUCUGGUCAGGAUUGUCCUGCAGUGACCACCGACUGACUGCUGGACUGCAGCGAGCAUUUGAACCCCCACCAGUGGUGCCCAGCGUACCCCGAGAGCUCAGACAUGCCAUCUGUGUCGACUGGAAACGUUGCGGUGUGCUCCGAAAUUCGCUUUACUACUUGAGGGAAUCAAAGUUGGUGCAAUGGAGACUUCCGGGAGUGAUGCGGCGGACGCGUACUUAAGAAAAGCCGAAGACAGAGAUUACGAUCUUGAGCAUCUGCCUCCACUGCUGGAGGAUGAGGAAAAUGUUUCUCUGGCAGACAUCCUUUCUUUGCGGGACAGCUGUCUGUCUGAGGAGGAGGUGUGGGCAGUGUGUGCAGAGUGUGUUCUGGCCCUGCAGAGCAUCAGACCCUCCCACCUCUUCCACACACUGUGCAUAACACCAGACACUUUGGCCUUCAACGCCCAUGGGAAUGUUUGCUUCAUGGAGCAGCUCAGUGACGAUCCAGAAGGCUCCUUCGUGCCGCCUGAGUUUGACAACACGGGCAGCACGUUUGAGGGCCAUGUUUAUUCUCUGGGCUCUACGCUUUCUGCCGCACUGAACUUUGUCAUCGAGCCAGAGCUGGAGGCAGAUCUGGGAGAAGAAAUCCAGAGGCUGCUGGAGCAGAUGCAGGAGGAGAAGCCUGAGGACCGGCCGCUCCUGCAGGACAUCCUGUCUCUGGCUGAAGCACGGCUGUCCCGCACCUCCUCUGCAGCUGUGUGCCGCAAACUCUCCUCAGUUGGACGACGCGUGCUCUCCAUUGAAUCGGUUUCAAACUUUCAAGAUGGGCAGGAGAGCUCCUGGGAGGCGAGAUGGCAGCAUUCCAAACCUAAAUGUCUUCUUAAAAGACUGAGCUCGGAUGACAACACCAAAGAUCAGCGUGACAGUUCUGUUAAAACAAAUGGUCUGUCCAGGCAGCAGCUGUGUGGGGGCUGGGAUUCCACUCUCUGGGCUGAGGACAUGGAGGGCAGUGAAAGAGACAGCUCGAUCUUGACAGAUGAGAUGGAUUGCCGUUCUCACAACAGCUCCCCAGUGAGGAGGAGAGCGCAGCAGAGGCUGAUCAGAGUGAGGGGGGCCCUUAACCGCUCCUGUUCUGUCCCGGACUCCAACAACCCCCCCUGCUUCUCCCCUCCAAGUCACGGAGACAUCAGUAUACCGGUUUCAGACCUCACUGAGAUAGGAGCAGACGAGCACUUGAGCUGCAAGUCUGUGUGGAGUAACAGACUUCAGAGAUUCAGCCGGGGAAAGUCCUGUGAUACGUACCCACACUGUAACAGUGAGGACUGCUGGGAAAUGUCCAGAGAAACUGAGGAUGCUGCCGAGACUCAACACACCAAUAUUCAAGAGUGCCACGAAAGUCAGUGUGAGGAGUGCGCCCAGGACUUCGUACAGGACUUCGUGCAGGAAGUACAGGACUCCUCGUCCUCUACUUCCCUGAACAUGGAACAGGACUCUUCUGAAGACCAGACUUCACUAAACCACAGUCUAUACAUUCCUAAUAACUACAUGACCAAAAGCAUGCUGUUCCUGAAUGAAGAAUCUCAGGAUGAGUGGAUCUCUCUAAGAGAGUUGCUUGCUCGUUGUGGACGGAGGCUGACCGUUAAUGAGCUGUGGGCUCUGUGUUACACCUGCCUAACCUCACUGCAGAGCUACAUUGACUUUCCAGCCUAUUUAUGCCUGGACACGGUGCAUGUGGGCUGCAAGGGAGAAGUGCUUUUUUUGAAACCUAAAAACAUAGGAUCUAGAGAUGAAUUUUAUCUUGCUCCUGAAUAUCAAGAGCAUGGAAUUGUAACAGAGAAGGUUUGCGUGUAUGGGGUUGCUGCCAUUCUCUGGGCCACAGCCAAGUUCAGUUUAUCACCUAAUCAAAAACUGGCGAUGCCUCGGAAAUUAAAGAGACUGCUCUUGGAGAUGGCUAAGAGGACGCCUAUCGAGCGACCUACCAUCGACAUGGCUAAAAAAAGCUGUUGUGACUACUUAUCACGCCAGGGGACAAAUGCUGAGACUGUCUGGAACAACCUCGUCAGCAGAGUUCACCCGCCAACCUUAAAAUUCUCAGAUGCAGAAGAUUUGAUGACCACUGAAACAUGCCAAAAUUCAUGUGAAGAGUCUGCUGAAAACAACAGUGGCUUUGUCCCCAUGGCCACUGAGAGCCGACUGGCUCCUGUGCCUGGCCCUGUUCCCCACAGCUAUCCAGUCAAUCAGGAAGUCCAGCUCCCAGAGGCCUUCACUUCCACCGCCACACACUUCACCCCCAUCAUCCUGACCAGUGAAGGAGGUUUAGAGGGGGGGGACCAGCAUUUUUCAAAUGACACUGAAGGUGGCCGGCCCCCAAGAACCAUGGACAAGCUUGAGCACCUGCGACCGCAGCGACCGAGGCACCAACAGCUGCAGGAGAUCCUUGCCCUGACCGGGGGCCCGCCAUCUCCGCCAGGCCCCCACCUGAACCAAUGUCGCGUCAGCCUCCUGCUCCCGCUUCAGCUGCUGCGUGGUCAACGGGAGCCAUCCCCCUCUGCUGGCUGUGGCCUGAGCAGUAGCCACACCCAGUGCGUCCUGGGCCUGCUCCUCCUGUCAUUUCGAGAGGGGCAGCCGGUGUGGGCACAGACGGAUGGGUUGAGCAGAGCCAGUGUCGAUGGUCUGCUGAACCAGCCGCGUCUGCCUGCAGUCUUUGUCACUAGCGGCAAUGAUGUCCACAUUCUCGUCCAGAAGGCACCUCAGCCGCUGGCGCUGGUCAACGGUGAGAACCAGUCUGCUCGAACAUCCAGCUCCCCAAACGUCCACCCUGCCUUAAAGGAGGUGAUCGAUGUGUUGAAGGGGGAGUUUUCCCUUGAUGGAUAUUUGGACAAUGGGCAUGAGGACAUUGCCAUGGGGGAGUUCAUCUUCUCUUUGAGGGACCUCCAAUACCAGGCGUUUGCCAGCAUCGUGAAGGAGAGAUUCACUGAUCUCUACUGGGAAGAUGACUUACUGGGCGCAUUGCAUUGCUUGGUAAACUGCAGCACUUCCACACUCAGCUCUAAUGAUCAGCCUCCAUCAAAGGCUGUGAAAAGGGCAAAAGUUACCCCAUCCUCGAUAGCCGCUGUCAGGAGAGGGAAGAGAGAAGUUUGCCUGAACAGCUGUCUCGAUCUGAAUGGAAACUUCCGCCCGUCCAGUCCUGUUGCUGGGGAUUUUUGGGAAGAAACCAAGGCCCAGUCCUGUCAUGCAGAAAAUAGGACUGUGCUCGAGGAUGUCAGAUUGAGUUCAGAGCAAAAUCAGCACUGCAUCGGUGAAGUUCCAGGCGUGAACGCUGACAGUUCAGACUUGGGGGUCAUGGAGGGAAGAGGUCAUUCAGUGGGGGGCAGCGAUGAAAGCCCCUCUGAAGCUGAGGUUCUAUCAGAGGGAGAGGAGAGGCUUACAGGAGCCCACGAUGAGCAGAUGAGCCCAGACUGCUCCGAGGACAUGGAGGACAGCGACUCCGUGGCGUCCGAGCGGCUUCUCUCCUCCGGUUUCAGAGCAGAGGGUCUUGGCCUCAUUUCGAGCCCGGACUGGGCCUUGGCCUUCAUCGGCGAAGAGUGCUUUAGUCCUGAUGUGAUCCAGUAUGCAGGAAAUCUGGGACAGCACACAGGAUCGCCAUGUCUGGACGUGAAAGCACAGGAACUGCAGCAGCAGCUUGUAAUUGAAACAAGGAAUCUAAAGAAAACAAGAAAUUUCUACCAGAAGUUGAUUCAACAAGAGAGGAAAAACAAAGGUCCUGAGAGCAAGCCAAUGCUCUUUAAACUCAAGUCACAGCUCGAGGAACUCAGGUCCAAAGUAGCCUUCUUGGAUAGUGUGAAGAAAUACCUCGAGAUUCUCAGUGUGGACCAGUGGGGUUUGGAGCUUUCGUUGCUCCCCUCUUUGGCUGUCUGUGAACUCGAGUCGUUGGACCUCGAGUCCUCAGAGGACAUUUCAGUCUUGAGUUUUGGUACCAGCAAAGGGAAGAGCACUCUGCAGGCUGGAUCUCCUCUGGGCCUCAUGGCAUACCUCUACGCCAGAAAUGCAGCUAUGGAGGGCUACAUCCAGCAGUUCCUGUAUACGUAUCGUUUCUUCUGCACUCCUGAGCACUUACUGCAGUUCAUAAUGAAUAAAUUCAUCUGUGCUGUAAGGGAGGGACCUGAUUUGUCAGGAGACAGUGAAAAGGUUUUCCAUCGGAGUUUAAACUUGCUUCACUUCUGGAUAACAGACUGCAGAACAGUGGACUUUGUGCCUCACUCCAGCCUCGUGGACGUGUUAGAAAAGUUCCUUAAUACUGAGGUGAUUCCUAUAGACAGCCAAGGGGAAGCCUUGCUUAUUGGCCUUCACAGCCCGCUGAGUAUGAGUGCAGCAAGCCAUCUGACAGGGAGCCUAAUCAGCUUUGAUGAAGUCGAUGACUCUGGGUGUUUGCAUUCAUCUACUGAGGAUCUUGGGAAAAAGUGGAGGAUCUCGCGAGUGGUGGAGCCCUCUGCAUCCAUGUCUAAAGAGAAGGCCUUCUCCAUUGCUGUGGCUCUGCCCAUGCCUUGUCACCGCUCCCUGAUGGAUGAGCUCUCCAGCACUUGCUUGCACAGUGAAGAACGACUGCCCUUCAGCCAAAAUGAGUACAGUGCACAACACAUAUCCCAACAGCUCACGCUCCUGCAGCAGGAAAUGUUCCAAGGAUGCCAUCCAGUUCAUUUCCUCAACUCCAGAAUACAAGGAGUCAGGGACAAAGUCUCAACCCCGAACAAAAAUGUGUCGCAGCAUAUCCCACCAGCAGAGGGGAGCAGUGGGCUUGCACGUGAGGGGCCAGCUUCAGACAGCUACCUUCAGCGGCUGCUCACGUACGCUGAUAGUGUCACUAACUGGAUCUCUGCUGAAAUGGUCAUCUGCGACUCUGUCAAGAAACAAGUUGCUCUGCUGACCAAGUAUCUGUGGAUAGGAAAGCACUGCUACGAAUCGAGGAACUUUGCCACGGCCAUGCAGGUCCUCGGAGGUCUGGAGAACGUGAUUGUCAGGCAAUUACCGGCGUGGAAACAUCUGUCGUCCAAGGUGUGUGACAUCCUGGAGGAGCUACGAGCUGUGCAGGUUUUUCUGAAGAGUGAUGAUCUGUGUCUUAUGGGAGGUGAACAUACAACAAAGAAGCCCACGCUGCCCUCAGCCCACAUCCUGGCUAUGCACGUGCAGCAGCUAGAGAUUGGAGCUUUCACUCUCACCACCGGGGCUUACAAAUGGACCAAACUGAGGAGCAUAGCAAAGGUUGUGAGUCAGGUCCAUGCCUUCCAAGAGGCCGUGUACCCUUACAGCCCAGACCGGGACCUGCAGGGCUACCUUCGCCGCCGCAUCGCCCGGUUCACCACCUCGGACAUCCACCUCUUGGCCGCCAACAGCCAUGCCAACUUCCAGCAGUCGAGCGAGCGCCAGACACGGAGGAUCCAGGACACACUGAGGAGGGUUAAGGCCACCUUCCAGUGAGACAUGCUUUCACAGCCCGGCGUUAGAGGUCAACACCCGGAUAUGUACGAGCCCAAAGUGAGGCGCCAUGCCCAGACCACAGUGCGCAGACACUCCCUGGUCCCAGACUGGAAAAUAUUUUCUGAUAUCAAUUGACUUGUUUGUCAAAAACACCUUAACUUUAGUCAGUAAUAUAGAAUCUGAGGUGAACUUAGCUCACAGCUCUGUGUAUGAACAGGUUCUGCUGUUGUUCCCACAUGCUUGAUUUUCAUGUUAGCAUUUUUUUUCCUAUAAACCAACAGGAGUAGUGGGUAAUGUUUUCUUCCUCAGCUAAUACUGACAUUCUUCUUCUGUAAUUUAGCUGUUAAAACCUGUAUGUAAGCAUAUCUGGACUAAACAUGGCAGCUGUACAAUGCUUGUCCAGCACCAAGAUCGGAUUAAAAAAGCGAGUUACUGUGCGAGGGCCUAAAACACAAAAAGCCAAAGGUUCUUUAUAUAGCGGUGUAGUAAUAUGAUCAAUUAUAAUAUAUUUAGAAUAUGCACAAUUAAGCAAAAUAUCAGCUGAUAUGUGAGGAGCCUUAAGGGGAACUUCCAAAAUGACCUUUUUUGGCACCUUUUGGAAGCAUUGAAGCAUUUGUAAAGGUUUUAUUUCUGCAAAUAUUUUUGUUUUAUACAGAAAAACAUUAGAAAUCCUCUCACUAGUUUCCUCAUACCAGUAGUUUGGUUUUCACUUAAAUCUCCUGACAACUAACUAACUGACUGUUACAGCUUCACCGAUUCUUAACUCUUAAUUUAGCGCCAUCGUGAGGUCAACAGGUUUGUUUCAUUAAUACUUCAGCUCUGGAUGUCACACGUAUUAAGUCCCGGGGCAUAUACGGCAUAAUUUGAUCUUCAAUGAGUACAAUUUUCAGCUUUUCCACACUAAGUAAAGCUGUCAUCAUCCUUUAAUUACAAUUUACAGAUAACAGCAGAUCUAUGAAGUCGAAAAAAGCUUUUGUAACUUGUGGUUCUUUUAUGAUUCAAAUAAUUUUUCUAGAUAUAAAACUGCUUUUUCAUUCUCUGAUACAUUUUUACUACAGUGGAGUUAUGCUAGCACCGCAUGAACACACCAGGAAUACUAGUGCUUUUUAAUAAAAGCAGAAAGAAGAAGUCAUUAAUGAAUUCACAGCAAUUUCUAUACUUUGGACUGCAGUGGAGCCUCUGGCAGCAAGUUCUGGUUGCAUGCUUGACAUUUCUGCUUUUAGUUUAGAGCAGACUAAUAAAACGUUGUGUUUACGUCUAACUCAAAUUUAGCAACACAUUAAACUUUGAGUGUAAAAUGUGGCUUGCAAACUUUAACACUAGCAGCAGUGUCAUUGUGAGCAUGUUGGACUGCUGACGUUAGCAUUUAGCACAAAGCACCGAUGUGUUGUGGUUGUUAUAAGAACUGGACGCUGGAUUCAAAGACACUUCCUCCUCAGCAGCAAUUAACAUGCCUGUCAGCCCAUAAGACAAAAAGACACUAUUUUCAUGUAAAUUAUGUUGUCGUGUCACUUCUUUGAGAUUUUUAUUUUAACCAGAACUGCUCUGGCUACAGUGUUAAUCAAACUGCCUGGACUUGGUCAUAAAUUCUCUUCAUUAUGAUUUUUAUUGAUCUCAGCUCGAUGAUUAAACCACAACGACGGUCUCCGCAGUUUCAAUCUUUUAAUAGGUACAGUAAGAAAAUGCUGCUGUAUUUGAGCACUCAGUGAUGCCAACCACAUCAAAAAGUUUCAGAAUCUCUGGAAAGCAGUGAGCACUGAGCGGGAACUUUUUCCUGUUUCGAUUGACACGACAUUUAAUUUAGACGCUGUUAAUAUCAUUGGAAGUGCAGUUCCUCAAAAUGUUCUCGGUUCCUUGGAACUUGUGGGAGAUCCAAGUUCUGUUCUGAAGGGAGUUCAUAUGGUUUUCUACACAAACAUGACUGAAAUAACUGUGAAAACAUAAUGAAAGAGAGAACUGUGAUUCUGCACAAAUAGCAGUCGCAAUGUAAAGUGAAUGCGAGAUUAUUGAGGACUCCGUUAUUUCAGCUGAUAUUGUGCGUACACGGUGCAUAUUCCAAAAUGAUUAAAGGCCCACGUUUCAUUAUAUCACCACACAGCAAAACCUGCAGAGCAUGAGUAAUUGCAUCAGAGGAAAGUAGUGGAGGUAAAUAGGUUGCAAACUUUGAAUCCAGCCAUAUCAGUCAUUCAAGUGAAAUAAAGUUUUUAAAGUUCAACACAGAGGUGGUACGAGAUUAAGUGGCACAGUUUGGCUCCAGUUGUCCCCACAGAGGGAAGGCUCGCUUCAGAUCCAAAAAUGUUUUUCUGAUUGAUCACCUUAUUAUUUAUUUGUAUGAAAAAUCCUUUCUAUCUAUUAUGAGAUUUCUCUUAUCCAGUAUUGCAGCUGGCCCAUCCACUGCUCCUUCACAGUCAGCAGAUCUCAACCUAAUUGAGGGGACAUUGCAGUCUGAUGCAUUCUCCAAAACACCAAAAGAGGGGAUGGUCUUUGGGGGAAUGGUUUUCCAUCCCUCCAGUAGCUUUCCAGACACCUGAAAAAUCAAUGCCAGGGAGCACUGAAGAUAUUCCUGUGACACGUGGUGGGUGAACACCUUUCUAAAACACUUGAUGUUGUUUUUCCUCUCGCUGGUCACAAGCCUAUAGCUUCUAUUUGUUUACCAAUUAGGAUUUGAAAUAAGAAUUACAUGACUAGAUUGAUAAAUUAAAAUAUAAUAAUCCCAUUUAAACAGCGCCAUGUGUAGUAAUUGCAUUCAUUAAGAAUAGCGUGUGGUGAAAUGCAAAAAGACACGCUCACAGUCGUGACAAAAACUUGCCAUUACCGAGCAAAUGAUGGAACAUAAUGAGAUGUCGGCAUGCAAAAUGUUACUCGAGGAAUGAUGUUCAGCCUGUGUCUGCUGUCUGUUCUCGCACUCGGUGAAACCCAGCGUGGAGAUGGAAUGUGACGUGCUAUGACGAUUUGCUUAAUAUGGCCAAAUAAAUGAGAUUUUAUAAA